UCACUGAAACAUGUGUCUUCACCAGAAAAGAGUCUAGCACAUGUGACUUGCAAUUUGUAGGGAGAGUCUGUGGGUGUGUCCUCAGAGUCCCAUCUUGAAUCUAAAAUGCUGAGACCUUUAAAGUGUCUGUCACUUUUGCAGAGGGCAGCACAGCAGAAUAAUUAAGAAUUCAGAUAUUAAGGCAUUGAGAUUAAAAAAAAUAUAACAAAAAAAUAUAUACAUAUAUAUUUUUUUAUUAUUAUUAUUUUUUAUUUUUGCAAAAUCCAUUUUAAGUAAUUAAAAGCAAUGGGAGCUUGUCAGAGCUUUAGGGAAAUGUGUGAUCGUGAAAAGGACACCAAUGUUCGUCUGAGUCUUCCAGCCGUUUGCGUUGUGUGGCAGACUGCCAUGAUCAUCUUGUUUGGGGUUUUCAUUCGUUAUGAUCACGAGUCGGAUGCACACUGGGUAGAGCACAGAAAACAUUUAAAUUUAACUGACAUUGAGAAUGACUUCUACUUCAGAUAUCCAAGUUUCCAGGAUGUCCAUGUGAUGAUAUUUGUUGGAUUCGGUUUCCUCAUGACGUUUCUUAAGCGAUACAGCUUCGGAGGAGUAGGUUUCAACUUCCUCAUCGCUGCCUUUGGUAUUCAGUGGGCACUGCUGAUGCAGGGCUGGUUCCACUCACUGGACUACACUGAUGGGAAGAUCAAAAUUGGAAUUGAAAACCUGAUAAAUGCUGAUUUCUGCGUGGCCGGCUGCUUAAUUGCCUAUGGAGCAUUGCUGGGAAAAGUCAGUCCAGUCCAGCUAAUGGUUCUGACUUUGUUUGGGAUUACACUGUUUGCUGUGGAGGAAUUUAUCAUCCUAAGUCUUAUACAUGCCAGAGAUGCUGGAGGCUCCAUGGUAAUUCACACAUUUGGAGCCUAUUAUGGUCUCUCCAUAUCAUGGAUGCUCUAUCGUCCUAACUUGCACCAGAGCAGUCGUCUGCAGGGCUCUGUCUACCACUCAGAUGUCUUUGCAAUGAUUGGCACCCUGUUCCUGUGGAUGUUCUGGCCCAGCUUCAACUCAGCUAUCUGUGAUCACGGGGAUGGGCAGCACAGAGCCGCCAUCAACACUUACCUUUGUUUGGCCUCAACUGUCCUCACCACUGUGGCCAUCUCGAGCCUCUUCCAGAAGCAUGGGAAACUAGACAUGGUUCACAUCCAGAACUCCACACUUGCUGGAGGCGUUGCAGCUGGAACAGCAGCUGAGUUCAUGCUGAUGCCCUAUGGCUGUCUUAUUGUAGGUUUCUGCUGUGGCGUCAUCUCCACACUUGGAUAUAUCUUUCUCACGCCAUUCAUGGAGAAGCGCCUGAAGAUCCAGGACACGUGUGGAAUCCACAACCUCCACGCUAUGCCAGGAGUUAUAGGUGGCAUUGUGGGAGCUGUUACAGCUGCAUCUGCAUCUGUUGAAGUUUAUGGCCAUGAAGGGCUGGUGAACACCUUUGACUUUGAGGGUAAAUUCAAAGACAUGGUACCCACAACGCAGGGCGGUCACCAGGCAGCAGGCCUCUGUGUGGCGUUGUGCUUCGGAAUAGGUGGAGGCAUCAUUGUUGGCGCUAUCUUAAGGCUACCUAUCUGGGGAGAUCCUGCAGAUGACGACUGCUUUGAUGAUGAGACCUACUGGGAGGUCCCAGAGGAGGAGGAGGAGGGCAUCCCAACAGUCCUGCAGUACAACAACCACAUGCGAAACAAGGAUAUCGCCGAGUCAAAUUUCACCAUGGAGUCGGAGUCCAGGGCUCGAUCUUAAUGGACCUCUGCCUUGUUUCCUUUCAUUCUCCCACUGGACAAAAAUGUUCAUUUCAUACAAUCAAUGAUCACUUGUCAGCACCAGCUAUUUUUCAUACAGUGAUAUAUCUGUCAGUAUGUUAUGACUGAAUUGUAUUUCAAAAUCUCAGUUUUGUCUAAAAGUACAAAACUUUUAGACAAACCUUUCUGUCAGCUUUCUUCAUUGUCUCAUUAGUUACAUCUGAAAAUGAUAUUUCCAUUAGAUGCAUUUGAGUAGGGGUUUUUUUUUUUUUUUUGGUGUGUGUAUCUUCAUGGAGAAUUUUUACAAUGAGACGGGUAUUAAACUUGAUACUGAUUGAUUUAGACCUAGGUUAUCCUGUGACAUUAAAGUAAAUAAAUGAAUACAUUUGGUAACGUGUUAUCACCACCCUUUUAUCAAGCAUUACAAAGAAUGAUGGAAAUGUAAAUAUCUAAGCACACAUGAGGAAUUUUGUAAAGUUAAUAUGUUGUUUUUCUUUCCUUUUAAUGAGUACUUUUAGAGUUAGCAACAAAUACAUUAGUUAACACCUUUUUGAUUGUUGGAUGACAAUUUGCUAAUGGUAAAAUAGGCUAUAGGAAAGUGUUACCAGAUAUGUUUAUUGAUAUUACUGAUCUGAAAAUUGGUUUUGUCAGAAGUUGAUAUUUGUAUUCUUAAACAUUCUACACUGAUUGUAUUGAUUGUAAUGUAAUUUUGGAAAUUAAAAGUUAUUAAGAAAGUG